AUGGAUAUCGACACUGAUGAUCUUUAUGAAGCUGAAGUCCGUAGUACUUCUGCUUCUGAUUCUCAAGACGUUUUGCAAGUUUCUGAUGACAAUGACAAUAUGGCCACAAGCACCGCUACUGCGAGUGAUAGAAAUAUUGUAUCUCCUUUUACUCCU